UCCAAAGAAAAGGCAAAAUGGCGUCAGGUUUAACUUUAAAAGAACAACCAGGACUGGAUGCGGAAUUCACAAAGAAUAGAUUUAAAGACCAGGUUGUAGUUGUAACUGGGGGAGGAGGCGGUAUCGGAGGAGCAAUCGUGUACAGAUUUCUCCAGGAUGGAGCUAAAGUUGCUAUCCUUGAUUUAGAUGAAAAUAACGCCGACAGCAAACUAGCUGAAGUCGGAGAUAAUCUUGGAAAAAAUGCCAGUGUUGCGUAUUUUGGUUCUGAAAGUCUGAACUCAACCUAUAAGGAUUGGGAGAGAACGUUUGCAGUGAACGUUAUGGGAAACGCUUUUAUGACUCAAGCUGUUGUUCAGUAUAUGAAAAACUCUGCUAGAAAGAAUAUGAGUAUAACCCAUAUAAGUAGUAUCUCUGCACAUCAAGCUCAACCCAAUAGGUGGACUUAUGCAGCCUCUAAAGGGGCGAUAAACAUUCUGACGAAAACAAUGGCGCUGGAUCUUGCAAAAUGGAAAAUAAGGGUGAAUUCCGUGUCUCCUGGUUGGAUUUGGUCACCGGAAGUAGCCAAGGCAGCUAAUGGUGAUCGGGAGAAAUGGGAACCUAUUUGGGGCAAAUUCCACAUUAAUGGAAGGUUGGGAGAGAUGAGCGAGGUUGCCGCGGCAGUUUCAUUUCUAGCAAGUGAGGACGCGGCAUUCAUCAAUGCUACAGAUCUCAAGGUAAUAUGUAUGUAACAAUUACAGUGGCAGCCAUAAUCCAAUGGAAUAUAAAGACGACAUUUAAUCUUACGUGAUUUAAUGUGGUUCUAAAAAUAGUUUUACCAGUAUGCUUUAAAAUCAACUUUAAUGAUAUGUUCUGAUUUUUAUGUCACUACACACUGGAUAAACCAGGGCGAGAGGUGUUCAGUUUAUUUAAUUGGAAUUUAAUCGCAGCUAUUGGUUUAGGCGC